AUGCUGCGCACUGUUACCGGCCUGUUCGCCGCUGCGGCAGUGGCCGUCGCCGUGACGCCCAUCACCGACGACGCCAUGACGCAGCUGCUCAACGAAGGCGGCGUCUCGCUGGCGAUGAAGGCCCAGCCCAUGUUCUUCUUCGGCCAGGCCAUGAACCGCCCGCCAUGCAUCCCGACGUGGGCCACCUCGGGCAACCAGCAGACGCCCAGCUCUCCGCUCUGCGACUACCCCGACAUGGGAUGCAACUGCGUCACGCCGGACAAGGGCAUCGGCAACCCGUCGCAGCGGUUCCCCAUCUACUACUCGUACUCGCGGUGCUCCGACACCAUGGUGCGCGUGGCGUACAACCUCUUCUACACCAAGGACGGUGCCAAGCCCAAGGGCAUCAACGGCCACCCAUACGACUGGGAGCGCGUCCUCGUCGAGCUGCGCAAGUCCGACGACACGCAGUGGCGGCCGUACCAGCUGCACCUGAGCCAGCACUCUGGUUACGACCGCAUCCUGUGGCCCAACAUCCAGAACACCUUUUCCGACAGCGACGCGGGACAGCCGCGGGGCGGCGACAACGGGAAGAAGAACCUCGACCACCCCAAGGUCUACGUCGCGUGGUCCAAGCACGCCAACUACCAGGACCGCAACACGGGCUGGAACGACCCCCUCUCGCAGUUGACCAACAACGCGUUUCGCUCGCAGGACUGGUGGUACUUUCCGACGCGAGACGACUACAUUCGCGCGGAUAGGUCGACGGACGUGGGCCGCCUCAUUGCGAGCCUGGACUGGGGUGAUGCGUCCUCCAACCCGCCUUCGGUACACGAUGGACUCUGCACAGCGUAA